ACUGUAGCUGGAACGGGGAGGCAAAUGUGUGUUUUGUUUUGUCAUUUGUGGCUUUAACUGUAUACACGACUGUAGAAGAAGACACAGGUGUUCUAUAGAAGAGUGUGCAUAUAUUUCGAAUAACUCGUAGGAUUUACUACGUGUUUAUAUGUCAAAGAAAAAUCGAUUCAGGAUGGCAGAUGGCAUGCUAUCUUUAGCGUGGAACAACCACAGCUCUACAUUUUGCCACAUGCUUUCAAAUUUAAGGGAAAUGGAAAAGUAUACAGAUGCCACUGUGGCUUGUGAAGGAAAGUUUUAUGGAGUGCAUAAGUUAGUUCUUGCAAGUUGCAGUGACUAUUUCUUCAAAAUGUUUGAGGAAACACCUUGCAAACAUCCUGUAGUGGUUUUAAAAGACAUUCAUGGAAAAGAAAUAGAAGCUCUGUUGAGUUACAUGUAUGAUGGCGUGGUGAGUGUUGCUCAGAGUGAUCUUGCGCGAUUGAUAAACGCCGCAGAAGUUUUACAGAUAAAAGGACUAGCUGUACCUGAUGAACCCCCAAAGGGUAGAAAAAAGGUUCUUCGAUCCUCUUCAAAUGACAGAACUAGCCCCCAGCCAAAACGUACAAGAAGAGAAGCGGAAAGCUCAUUGAGUAGUGCACGCAACAGGGAUAAAUCUGUAAGCAGUGGUAGUGAACAAACUGAAUUAAGGGACAGUGCAAUUAACAGUAAGAUCACAGACAGUGGAAGUGAAAGCCUGACAGAAACUUCUGUCGAACAAACUGGCAGUAGGAGAAGGAGCCAGGAGGAAAGUGAAGUGAAGCCUGAUGAACUUGAAAUUGAGACUUUAUCAGAUGACAGUGCAAUUAAAGAAGAAGUUUCCAUCGACAACGACGAUCUUCAGGAAACGACAUUUGAGUUCAGUUCUGCACAUCAGGAUGUGGAUAUGGAAAAUAACAGUGGCAUGAAAGAUUUAGUCAAUUUAGAACUUCCCAUUGGUUUCAGCUCUUCUUCAGAACCCUUUGAUUCUCAAGCAGGACCUUCUGGGUUGCAGAUGUGGGGUAACACUCAAGGGGAAUCGUCAAAUCAAGGUUACUCGGGUGAUUCGACUUCCAUUGCGGGCCCGUCUGGUCCGCAGUCACAACAGGAUCAACCCCUGGCGCAAGACAUGGAAGCUGGCCACGACACCAUAAGAGGAAGGAGAACUAACAAGACAGGAGGAGGUCCUUCUGCGAGUAAGAGAUUCAAGUGCGUCUACUGUAGCCACAUGGCUCUCGAUUCCUGGCACUUAUCACGGCACAUGCGCAAACACACGGGUGAGAGGCCCUUCUCUUGUAACCUCUGCCCCAUGAGCUUCUCGACAAAAUCCAUCCUCACAACUCACAUGAGAACGCACACAGGAGAAAAGCCCUACAGCUGUCCUCUGUGUUCCUACCGCGCCAGUCAGAAAAUUUCAAUAACUUAUCACAUGAGAAAACACAACAUGGUUUUGUAAUUUGUAGCAAUGAUUUAAUUCAACUGUCAUUAUCUGCCCUUCUUUUUCUUAGUUACACACACACAAUGAUGUAGCUGAUGCAACAUACCUUCAGUUCAAGGAAAAUACCCAGGCUACAUAGAGUUUGAGUCAUUCAAGAAGAAAUGAAUACAACCAUGACAAUGAUUUUAAUUAAGGAGACAUUCUCUAGACAUUGAAAUGUUAGAGAGUAGCUCUUAACACUUCCAAACAUUAGCUCAACUGCCCUGUUAUGGUAAGAAUAUGUGCUCUCAAAUUUGUUUAGCUUAUUUUAUGAAAAUGCACACUCAUGAACUGGGCUCUAUUUACAUAAAUGUCUAACUCUCCACUGUUUGACUUUGAUAAAAUAUUAUAUUAAAGACAAAUUUCAGUUGUCUUAGUUUGUUCUAAGCGUGGUCAACUACAAACUGUUAAAUACAAUAAUAAAAUGGCAAAAGAUU